CGCUACCAUGGCAACAGCGAGAAAAGCAGGAUUGGGGGGGAGGGAAAGCCCUCAGGAUAAGCUAAGAUGGCGGACGACCUAGAUGCGUUGUUAGACGAAGUAGAAAGGAAGUUUUGUCGCCUCUCCAGGCAGGACUGCACCGAUAAGGCUCAGGCCCAAGAGCGGAAAAGAAACCGAUUCCGUGAGGAGGAGGAAGCGGCCGCGGCGGGAGAGAGGGCCAGAUUUUCCAAAGUAUUGACAAAAUAUGCUAGCGAAGAAGAAGACCUAGAUGGAAUAAUUAAAGAUAUAAUUGAUGAAAAGAGCUGUGCCAAAAAUGUUGAGAAACAAACAUCAAAAUUGCCCAGCUGUGCAUCUGAAAAUAAUAUUACAGUCAUUCAAGCCCAUGGUAAAAGAUGUUGCCCAGUAUACCUUGGUGGAAGCACUGCACCAUAUGGUAUUGGAACAAAUAUUUCACAGAGAACCUGUGAUCAGUUACGUUGUAUUGCGUGUGACUUCCGUGUUUCUCAUUACAAUGACUAUCACUGGGACAAAUCAUGUGAUUACCUCUUUUUCAGGAACAAUAUGCCUGAAUUCAGUAAGUUAAAGAUGAAGAUGGUACCAAAGAAGGGAUCACGGGCUUAUGCUUGUCAAUGUUCUUGGAGGUCUAUAAAUGAAUUGACAGAUCUCUCAACAGACCGUCAGCUCCGCUGGGUAUGUAGCAAACACACUGAAUGAAGUCUCCUUGCACAAUCAAAUGCCCACUUGUGUCUGAAGACCAGCAUUGCUUGCCGUUGUGUGUGAUGAAUCAAGUGUGUUCUAUAUUCAAUUAGGUCUUGUUGCUGUUUCAAAUAUAUACUGAGCACUUUGCCUAGUCUGCAGCUCCACUGUGAACUAACCUAACUGGGUAGAAUGAUAAGGCACAAACCUGAACUUCUGAUGCAUGGAGAACCAGGCUGGCAAGAAUGCCUUAGUCUGAGCACUAGGGAUGUUGCAGUGUUGCUAAAUAGUUUGGGCUCUGACACCUCCCUCCACCAGUACAGUGAUAUGAGGAGGAAGUCGAAAAGACCUAAUGUCUGUCAUAGAAGCCAUCUGACAAAUGUAGAAGAGAAAGAUACACAAAGCUAAUGCGUAGCUAUAGCACUUUUUAAAUAUAGUGCACUACUUGUGGAGCAUUUGAAACAUAAAAUAUUGAGGCAUUUGUAUAUUCUGAAAAAGAUUCUGACAAUGGGGAGUAAGAUAAUAGAGCUCUGGUGUUUUUCUGCAGUUAUGUAUUGAGUCUCAAUUAAUACCACUUUGGAGUAAUAGUUUAAUAGUAUAUUGGAGUAAUGACAUUCACAGUCAAGGCCAGAGCAAGUAGCAGUGUCAGAUGUGGUGAUGAUGCUAAUGACACCACAGUGUCAGAAUUCUAAAAGGUAUCAUUUCUAGAUCUUUAGGCUACAGUCUUAAUAGAAUUUUACCCGGGUUAAGCCCAGGUAAGGACAGAGUGCUCCUUGUUUCCAGGUCAACUUGUAUAGGAUUGGACUGUAUAGUGUUUAUGCCAUUCCACAUUAUCUCCUUAAGGCUGCAGUCCUGUAAGUAACUGACCUGAAAGUCCCAUUCAGUUCAGUAGGACUUCCCUCUGAGUAAAAUGCCUAGGAUUGAACGGCAGAAAGCUUUUCUUGUAAAGGAUAUUAUGAAAAAGCCAAUGCAUUUUAUGAAAUAAUAUCUUAAACCAACAAUUUUUCUUUGUGGAAGGGGCAAAAAAUCACUCUACAAUGUUUAAGCUAAUCUGAAAAUGUCAGAUAUUCGUGUUGAUCAUCUUGUAAGAUUCAGCAUAUUCAGAUUUGCUAUGUUUUUCUGUCAAAAUGCCAUAUGCAGUGACACUUGUUGAAUUGUAUUAACCUAGUUUUUUAACCAAUUCUUCUUUAUAUAUUGUUUUCUCUGCCUGUGAUACACAGUAUUACCCCAGCUGUUUUUCUGUAACACUGGAAGUUGAAGAGUGCUUGAACUUAAGCAAUAACGGGUCAAUAGCAAACAGUUCGUGAAG